AUGCAUGUUGCAAAAGCUGCAAUACUGCAGUGUUCAAUUUCAAAGUCGAUUCAUUUCAUUUGGUCUGAUCCUUAUUCAUAUCAUUACAAACUAUCCGACAUACAGCGUGAAUAUCGCGACGUUGCAAUGAAAUUUACGAAAGAAAAAAUAAUACCUGUUGCAGCUCAUUAUGACAACACUGGCGAGUUUCCAUGGGAUGUUGUGAAGGAAGCACAUCGAAUAGGUCUUAUGAAUCCACAAAUUCCUAAAAAGUAUGGUGGACUAGGAUUAACAUCUUUGGAAACUGUUCUGAUAGUUGAAGCAUUAGCUUACGGCUGUUCCGCCAUUCAACUUUGCAUCAUGGGACCAUCGUUAGCUGUGGCACCCCUUAAUAUAGCUGGAAAUGAAGAACAAAAAAAGAAGUAUUUAGGAAUGCUUACAGCCGAACCCAUUAUUGCAGCUUACUGUGUUACGGAACCGAGUGCGGGCUCCGAUGUUUCAGGUAUUAAAAUGAAGGCAGAAAAAAAAGGGGAUUCAUAUGUGCUGAAUGGUAGCAAAGCUUGGAUAACUGGUGGUGGACCAGCGAAAUGGUUCUUUGUUCUGGCAAGAACGGAUCCAGACCCAAAAGCACAACCGGGAAAAGCAUUCACUGCUUUUAUUGUUGACGGCGAUACUAAAGGAAUCACUAGGGGGAAAAAGGAGGAAAAUAUGGGACAGCGAUGCUCGGAUACGCGAUCAAUUUUAUUCGAGGAUGUUAUAGUCCCGAUAGAAAACGUUAUCGGUACACCCGGUGCAGGUUUCAAAGUAGCAAUGAGCUCAUUUGACACGACACGUCCUGCUGUUGCAGCUGCAGCCGUUGGACUCUCAUGGCGUGCUCUCGAUGAAGCAUGCAAAUAUGCAUUAGAAAGAGAGGCAUUCGGAGCGCCAAUUGCUAAGAAUCAAGGAAUAUCAUUCAUUUUGGCGGACAUGGCAGCAAAUCUGGAACUCGCUCGACUAAUCACAUACUGCGCUGCGAUGGCUGUCAACAGUCAAGCUUAUUACGCUUCGAUAGCUAAAUGCUUCGCCGCCGACACUGCUAAUAUUGCUGUAAGCAAUGCCGUACAAAUUUUCGGAGGUAAUGGAUUCAGUAAGGAAUAUCCAGUGGAAAAAUUGAUGCGUGAUGCAAAAAUCUACCAAAUUUACGAAGGUACAAGUCAAAUACAACGAAUUAUCAUUUCACGCCAUAUUCUACAAAAAAUUGCGAAUACAGGAAGUGCUACCUGA